GCAAACGUUGAGGAUGAAACGGCUGGAGUUCAGGCAGUAUGUGAAAUUCACGCUGUGCUGCGCUAUGAAUACCACGUUCUGUAUUCUUUCAGCUAUCAGAUCCCUGUCCUCUAUUUCAGAGCCUCCGCGUUAGAUGGGCAACCCCUGUCUCUUGAGGAGGUGUGGAGGAAUGUUCAUCUGAACUAUAGACAGAGACUACAGCAGGGACCCUGGGACACGCUGACCCAACAGGAACAUCCUUUACUGGGCCAACCGUUUUUCAUGCUUCAUCCAUGUCGCACCGAGGAGUUUAUGAAACCUGCUCUGGAUUUGGCACAAGCUGGAAACAGGAGGGUGAACUAUAUCGUAACUUGGCUCAGUGUUGUUGGACCCGUCAUCAGGCUGGACGUCCCUUUGAGCUACAGCACCGAGGUGUCCGCUCCAGACUGAAGCG